GUUGGUGAACGUGGAAAAAAAUUUCAGCUUUAAGCUAAAUUCACAAUAAAUAUCAAGUGGUUCGUGUACUGCUAGUCAAAAAAAACUAUAAGCUAUUGAACUUUCAUAGUUUUUGCUGCAUACUUAAAGGCUUAGUGAAGCAAAGGACUUUAAAGGUGGCGCAUUGUGAACGGGAUUAAGUCGGAUGUACUCAUGUUUUUGAGAUUUUACGACUCUUGGUGAACUUAAGAAGCCAACAGCUGGUUAAAACCACAAAAGAAAACAAAAAGGUGCAGAAAAAUACAAAAAUAUUUAUGCUUAAAAUUAAAAAUCUAUCAGUCAAACUGCACGUAAAUAAUAUUUAAAACAAAAAAAAAGAAAAAUACAGUUAUUAAUGAAAAUUUAUAAAAAAAAAUCAUUAAAGUGUUUACAAGUCCUCAGCAAAGCAAUGCAAAACUAUAAAAAAUAAAUAUUGAAUUAAUGAAAAUUAAAAAUAUCAUACAGCGCCAACUAGAUACGAAAAAAUAAUUGAAAAAAAAAUAUUGCAAAAAAAGUUGAAAAAUUCUAAUUGCAAAAAAUAAAGUUUUAAAGCUUGUGAAACACCCUGUAUAACAGCCUAAAUAACUAUUAGUUACAAAACCAACUAAACAAUAAAUUAAUUUACUUGUAAACGUUGCAUUUGCAACUGUGUGCAACGAAAACAAAACAACAACAAAAAACUUCACUUUCAAAAACUCUUCAAUUUAUCAAAAAAAAGCCAACACAGACUAAUACACAAGCAACAGAAGUGCUAAAUAGAACUAAUGCAAAUCACGCGCUUUUCCAAUUUCCUUUUGUAAACGUUAAGCAGCGCGAGCACAUACAUAAAAACAACAACAACACACAGCGCGAACAACAACUGCAUAGACAAAGUGGAGUCGGGCGUCACAAAAAAAACGGCAAAUACAAAUACAACAACUAAAUUUAGUGCAGAAAAGUUUGCGCUCUGCUAGAAUUUCGAGACGAAGCGCUGCAGUCGUGCAAGAACGUCAGUCAGUCAACGACGGCGCUUGCCACAAGUGACUCGCAGCAGAAACCGCUAGGCUGCAAGAAGUAUUUGAAGAAAAUCAGUGAAGAAGCGAGAAGUUAAUAAUUGGAAAAGUAUUUGAAAACUGUUUACGAAUGGAUUUUUUAUAAAAUUUUUAAGCAUUUCGGCGAAUGUGAUUUAGUGCGUACUUGAACCCGCAAACUAGCCAAGACACAUACCAGUUAAAGUAAAACGACCCCUAUACAACCAAAAGCUAAGAAAGAAAAGACUGAUUUUGAAUUGAAACUUCCAAGAAGUACUCAAAUCAAAGUAAACGUGUGCGUGUAAGUUGAGUGUUGAACACAGCGCCGAGCUGAAGCUUUAAAAUCGUCGAAUUGUGUGGUUUUCAAAACGACAACAAUUCACGCUGUGUGUAUUUCGAGCAGGUUCCUGUUAAACAGUAACAUUAAAAAGUGACGAACUUGAAAGGAAAUAAAAAAACUAAAAGCUGAAUUCUUAAAAUCUAAAACUGACUAAAGCAAAAACUACAGGGAAAUAAACCAAACCGGUAAAACUAAAAUAUUGAAAUUGAACUCACUGACUUGCAAACACAUUUGAAGUUACCGCUGCGCUGCUGCUGUAGCGCCACAAUUGUAAACGCGUAGCGCCAACGAGUACCGAAAACAAAAAAUCCAACUAAAUCCCGAGAGCCGACUUUAGCGCGCCACCCACGAGACGCCACAAACCAUGGCCAACGGCAACGGCAACAAUGCCAGCGUCGCCGCUACUAAUGGCGAAGGCAACGGCUUGGCAACUAAUGGCGGCACAACCACAACUACGACCAAUGGCACUGGCACAACGGUGGCCGAGCACUUGAAUGGCGGUGGCGCUGAGAGCGCCGUAAAUACCAACACCGGCGGAGCAGCGGAUGCUUUGGCAGCCGUUGGCGCAGCAGCUGGUACAGGCGAUGCAACAGAUGAUGGUGUGGCUGGCGAUGGUGGCGGUGUUGGUGGUGGCGUUGUUGGUUUGGGCGGUGCCGCUUCCACCUCAUCUAUGGGCGGCGAUGAUGCUGGCACCGAUGCGGGCGCCAGCUCAUUGCCCCCGUCCGAAGAGGCGGGCGGUCGUCCACCACUCGAUACAGCUUGCUCUGAUGGCGGUGGCGGUCCAUCGAGUUUGGGCGGUGGCAUGGUUGGGCCACCAAGUCCACUAACCGGUUGUUAUUUGCUAAUCGUGCUGGGUGAGCCACAUUCGGAGGAGCAUAAGGAUAAUAUAUUGCAGCAUUUGUUGAAGGGUUUCCUUUCAUGGGACGUCGGUGAUUGUCACGUCGAUUUGGAGGAGGAAUUGAAUACGAUCACGCAACACGCACCAGAGGGAGAGGAAGCUCGUCACGGCGAACGACUCAUUCAGUAUGCUAGUGAGAAUCUAGUCACUGAAGUGCUUAUACACCCUCAGUACAAUACACUCAUACAAUGUAUGCGUAAUCUACUGAGCAGUUUUACACGACAUCGUCACAUUAUACACGCUGGCUACACGUUCUCCGGCAAUGGUUCCUGGAUCUUACAGGAUGGAACCUUCUCCGUCUCCGACUUCUCGGAGGCGUUUCAGGAACACGAUGUACAGCGUGUCAUACGUGCCUACGCCGACACGAUUACAAUGAAUAUACAUUGCGCCGAUGCCGGCCACUGGCACAGCUUGCCACACAAAAGCUUUGCACGCCUCUGCAAAAUACGCAUCAAUCCCGUUGAUGUAUUGGACACCAGCAGUGAGGGUAUCAAUGCCUUUAUUGACUAUCUAGCACCAAUGCUUGUGCCCACAUCACUGCGGGAGCUGCUUGAGACCUCGGAUGUUGUGGGUAAUAUACGCUUUACGCAUCCAACACUAUAUGUCUUCCCCGGUGGACAAGGAGAUGCUGCACUCUUCGGCAUCAAUGGUUUUAAUAUGUUGGUUGAUGGUGGCUUUAAUCGCAAAGCUUGCUUCUGGGACUUCGUACGACACCUAGACCGCUUGGAUGCCGUCCUCAUGACACGCCUUAACAAUAGCAACAUACAGGGUAUCACUUCGGUGGUAUCUCGAAAGCGUGAUGCCCACGUUUAUCCACAAAUUGGACACUUCUUUGGUAAUGUGCCCGAUCGUAAAGGUGGUCUGCCCAGUCCCGAUGGCGACAAAGACCGCGACCCAUUGUUGGUUGAUCUCUUUGAGCAUGGCCACAAUUUGGUAAGCGAUCUUAAGUCGCUGGACUUGAAACCACAAAACUGCUAUCGCAACCAAGAGCCAAUAAAUCUGUAUCACAAAGUUGGACAUGGCACACUGGAUAUGUAUGUGAUUAGUCCUGCGCGUGACUCGAAAGAAGUAAAAGAAUUCUUAUCGAAGUGGCACUCCGGCGAUCAGCGUCUCUUUGCCGCACGCGAUACACGCGAAUUCAAUUUCCCACUACAAAACUUGGUUUCGAUCUGCGCACUGCUGGUGUGGCAACCAGCCAAUCCAGAUGAUACCAUCACCCGUAUACUCUUCCCCGGUAGCACACCUGAUUUUAAGAUACAAGAAGGCUUGGAAAAACUCAAGCAUCUAGAGUUCAUGAAGCACUCAACCUGCACUGCCAAAUCGAUUGCACCAGCUAUACAAACUGUGGUAACUACACGAAAAACAUUCAAGUCCGCCAUCGGUGCGCCUAUUGAGCCACUCAGCGUAACAUCUAAACCUAAAUUCGCACCAGUUGCUGCCGCGGCUGUUGCUAUACAGCAAGACAACAAAACUAAAGAGGCCGCAGCUGCCGCCGCCGCUGCACAGGUCAUUGAAGAGACUAAAGUGGAGAAAGUAGAGGCUGAGAAAAUUGUUUUGCCAAAGAAGGAAGACUCGGUGGACACUGAUGAACCUGCUGCUGAAACUGGCGAUGAGGCUGUGCCUGAACCAGAACCAGCUAUUGAGGUAGAGAGCAAGGAAGAAGACAAACCCGAUGGUGAAACUGCAGAUGAGGACAAUAAAGAAAAAGAAACCGAAACUGAGAAGAAGGUUGAGGUAGUAAUUGUUAAGCCACAGCCACAAGCUGCACCACAAAAGGAAGAAACACCUACACCCGAGGUGAUUAAACCAAGCAGAGUUGCUAAAGGAAAGGGGGACAAACCACGUGCCGAAGUCAAGCCUGUAGUGCGUUCACGCAUUGACACCAAACCACCCAAAUCAAUGGAGCGUAAGGGUAUAAGGAAGGACUUGGCUGCUGAGAAGAAGGCCUCACCCACUGCUACGCCACGCAAAGAGCCUGCAGCACCAAAACCGGGCGCAGCACGUGAUGUAAAACCUCGCGUUAUUACACGUGCCACCAAAUCCAGUCCCAGCAGCACGCCAGCUAAGAGCGCAAAAGACGCUAACAAUCGCAAGGUGCUCGAAUCGAAGCAGCAAGCGACACGGCAAGUUACCAGCACUUCCACUACUACGACCACACGUCGUGAAAUGACGCGUACCACUGCAGCGGAACGCAAAGAAUCACGUACACAACAACAGCAAGCUCAACAGCGCAAACCAAUUUCACGGCGUCCGCGUGGCGCUUCGCCAACAAAACGGGCACCCGGCAGUCCAGUCAAGUCGGCUAAGCCUAAAGCGGAUUUGAAGAAAUCACGUCUGGAUAAGGGUGGCACCACAGACUCCAGUCUGGUGUCAACGCCAUCGGCAGAUGAGGCAGUUGCUGCUAAAAAAUUACAAGAUCUGACCGCGUCACAAGAGUUGGAUGCCGAGAAGCAACGUGAACUCGACGAUCUCAAAGAAGAACAAGAAGUGGUACGUGAAAUAGAAGCAGUCUUUAGUCGAGAUGAAAUGAAACGACAAAAGCAAUUGGCAGCUGAAAUACGUGAAAUGUCUAAACAAGAUAGCACUACCGAGGCCGAAGAAGAGGAAGAGUAUUUGAUAAUUGAAAAGGAAGAGAUCGAUCAAUAUACCGAGGAUUCAAUUGUGGAGCAGGAAAGCAGCAUGACGAAAGAAGAAGAAAUUCAAAAACAUCAACGCGAUUCGCAAGAGUCGGAAAAGAAACGAAAAAAGAGCGCAGAAGAGGAAAUCGAAGCCGCCAUUGCCAAAGCAGAAGCCGAAGAACGCAAGGCACGACUCGAGGACGAAGCUGCUGAUGAAGCACCUGAAGCGGUGGAAGCUGCAGUAGAGGCUGACGAGGAACAAGUUGAAGAACCCGCACAUAAAAUAACUACUCCAGAGAAGUCAGAAAUUAAAGCCGAGGUACAAGAAAUAAUUACCACAGCUAAGGAUAUAGUCACAACACGCACUGAAGAGCAAAUAACCAAAGCCGAAGAAGAACUCUCUUCACCCACGCCUGAGGACAAAAUAAGCAGCGCCAAGAAAACUUCCGACACCAAAGAUGAGCUUAUCGAACAACCUGAAAUUAUGCCUGCCAAUUUACAAGAAAGUCUCCCAGAAGAGAAAUUCUCAGCUACCAUCGAGUCCGGCGCUACUACAGCGCCAACGCUGCCCGAGGACGAACGCAUACCUCUCGAUGAAAUCAAGGAAGACUUGAUAAUCGAGGAGAAAUAUGUUAAGGAAGAAACCAAAGAAACUGACCAGGCGGCUGGAUAUGAAGUAGCAGACGUUAAACCAACAGAACCUGCUGUAACUGCAGCCGGCGUUGUAAUUGAGAAAAUAGCCGAGCCCGUAAUUGUCGGCUUAGCUACCGCAGAACGUGUACUGCCAAUGAAGAUGACUUUCGAGGCACAACAAAAUCUGCUGCGCGAUGUUGUUAAAACUCCAGAUGAAGUAGCAGAUUUGCCUGUACAUGAAGAAGCCGACUUGGGUGUCUACGAAAAGGAUACACAAGAAAGCGGUAAAGUCAUUUCGCAUAAAGAAGAAAUUACAAAGGAGGAAAAGGAAACUGAAGAAAAAGAUAUUUGCGAAGGUAAAGAAGUGGAAGUUGCAGAGGAAGUAGGGACAGUAGAUCAGGUAGAUGAUGAGAAGGUGAAAGAGGAGAUUGCAGAAAAACCAGUGCAAGCAACCGAGGAAAAGGGUGUGUCUCCAACCGAAAAGAAACCGUCCUCACCUAUAGAAAAACCAAUUUCUCCUCUCGAGAAGGAACCAACUCCCCUCGAGAAAACCGGUUCCCCUGAUGAAAAACCAAGUUCUCCUCUGGAUAAACUGCCAUCUCCUACCGAAAAAGAAGAAAUACCAGCCAAACAAGUAUCCUCACCCACUGAGAAGCCAGAAUCCCCUGACAAGCAGCAACCUUCACCUGCUGAAAGGCAAACAUCUCCCGCUGAAAAAGAAACGACACCAGUAAAGGAAGAAGAGACGUCAACCGAAAAGUUUACUACUCCAUCCGAGAAACCUGUUUCUCCAACAGAAAAAGAGACUCCGAAAGAUGACAAAGAACCUUCCGCUAAAACAGAUAUUUUGACUAAGGAGGCCACGGCAUUUGAGGAAGUUCUUUCAGCUGCAGAAAUAUCCGUUUCUCCAACCGAAAAAGACACUCAACAAUUAGAUAAAAUGGCAUCACCCGCUGAGAAGCCUACAUCACCUCUUGAGAAGAAAGUGCUUAAAACAGAAGAUAUUAUAACUGAGAAAACACCUUCACCAAUCGAAAAAUCCGUCUCUCCAACUGAAAAGAAAGCAACCGAAGUAGAGAAAGAAUCAUCACCUCUUGCAGCUUCUCCAAUUGAAAAGGAGGCUCCAAAAGUUGAGAAAGUACCUUCACCCACUGAGAAACCUCCUGUUGAGAAGGAAACAGUAAAAGCAGAGGAUAUUGCAACCGAAAAAGCUGCCUCUACAACAGAAAAAGAAUAUUCUCCAACAGAAAAGGAGGCUGAGAAAGUACCUUCACCAGCAGAAAAAGACGUUUCUCCAGCUGAAAAGGAGACUUUGCACGUAGAGACUGUAACUUUACCUCUUGCAAGUUCUCCAACAGAAAAAGAAGCUCCCCAGAUUUCGAAAUUACCACCUCCUGCUGAGACGCCUGUAUCUCCUGUUGAGAAAGAAGCAUUAAAACCAGAAGAUAUUUUAACUGAAAAGGUACCGGCACCAACAGAAAAAUUGGAAAAAGAAUUUCUAAAAGCUGAAGACAUUUUAACCGAGAAAGAUGCUUCAACAGCAGAAAAAUCCAUCUCUCCAAUCGAAAAAGAAGCUAUAGAAGUAGACAAAGCUCCUUCUACAGCUGAUAAACCUACUGUAAAGGAAGUGUCACCUGUUUCAGGAGUUCAGAAAGAAGCUGAAAAGGUUCCAUCGCCUGAGGAUAAACCAACUUCUCUAGUAAAACCAGAAGAAGCUGUAACCGAUAAGAUGAUUGAGAAACGAAAAUCACCUAUAGAAUUAGAAGUACAAAGGAAAGAUAUUUUAGCCGCUGAUGCAGAAAAACCAGUAACUUCAUUAGAGCAAGAACUAGCAGAAUCUCAUAAAGCAAGCUUACCUUUAGAUAUAUCCGCUGAGGAACCAACUUCUGAUGAAAAACCCACGCCUUCUGAAGAUAAAUUAUCAUCACCUGUUGACAAAGCACCUACCGAAGAGUCAAAGAAGUCCACAAGCACCCCUGAAGAAAAGGAUGGUAGUGAAAUUACAUCGGAGGACGAGCUUCCUGCGCUAGUACUUGCAGAUAUUGAUACGUCUAAGCCAAAAGAUAAGGACGACACAGUUUCAGUCGGAAGUCCAGCAACCAUCGAAGAAGCUAUCGAAGUUGAAAUGCUGAAGUCCUUACAAGCCAGUAGAAAAACUUCUCAGGAAAUAAAAGAAAGUGAUUUCAAGGUGGAAUCUCGUAAAACAUCGGUAGUGUUAGACGAAAAAGAAGAAGAAAAGGAAGAAAAAGUCGAACUUUCUCCAAAAGAAAAAUCUCCUGUCGAAAGUAUCAAAGACGAGAAAUCAGCACCCGUCUCCAAAGAAGCCUCACUGCCAGGGUCAACUGUCGAAAGUAUUAAAGAUGAAAAGUCCCCCUGUGCAUCCAAAGAAAUCUCUCGACCAGCUUCUGCUGCAGGAAGUAUUCACAGCGAUGCUGAAAAAUUCGAAACAGAAACUGUUUCCUCUCCGGUUGAUAAGGCACCAACAAAAAUUGAUACUACUGAUCUUACUUUAAUGUUGGACGUAUCAAAAGGAGAUACCAAACUGCCAACAUCAUCAAGUCCUGUCGAUGUCGCGGAAGGCCAGUUCUCGGAAGUUAAAGACACAUUAGUCGAAACUCAAAAAGCAUUUGCUGAGAGCACUACUGUUAGUGGUGCGGAGACCGUUUCCAGUCCUAUAGAUGAGGCAAAAGAUCUACUCACAGAAGCUGCUAUUACUACGCGUCCGGAAAGUCCAGAAGCUGAAAAAUCACCUGUUAUAUCAAAAGAAACAUCUCGAAAAUCAUCACAAAGUGAACCUGCAGCCGGUAGCACUAAAGACGAAACAUCUCCCGUCGCUUCUAAGGAAAUAUCUCGACGAGAAUCCGUCGCAGAAAGCAUAAAGGAUGAAAAAUCUUUAAUCACUUUCAAAGCAGAUACCGAUACGGAAGACCUCAAAGACCAAAAGUCACCUGAAAUACCAACAAAACCUGCCCAAACCGCUUCCACAGCCCAAAGUGUCAAAGAAGACAAAUCGCUUCUUGAUUCAAAAGAAGUGUUAGAGCCAGAAUCAACUAUAGAAAGCCUUAAAGAAGAAAAAUCACCAAUCAUAUCUGAAGAAGUAUCUCGUACUGAGUCUGUUGCAGAGAUCACCCAAGAAGAAAAGGAUCAAGUUAUUGAAACAAAAACCGCUUCAUCACCAGUGGAUAAGGCUUCCACUAAGUUAGAUCCAACAGAACUGGCACUUGACUUAGAUAAAACAAAAGUUGACACUAAGCUUCCAACAUCUUCAAGUCCUGUAGAUGUUGCUCAUGGUGACUUCGCUGAAGUAAAAGAAACAUCUGUUGCAUAUAAAAAAACUCCAGCAGAAGAAACCACUGUAGCAGGUGCGGAAACAGUAUCCACUCCAGUUGAUGAAGCAAAAGAGAUAAUUGGUAUCACUGCAGAGGAGAUAACACGCCCUGAAAGUCCUGAAGGUGCUUCUCCUAAAAUCUCUAAAGAAAGCUCUCGACGACCAUCUGUGGGAGACAAAGUAGAUAAGUCACUACUCACAUCAAAGCCAGGGUCGACGGAAGAGAGUUUGAAAGAUGACAAAUCCGCUGUUCCUUCUGCGGAGCCCUCACGACGAGAGUCCGUGGCAGAAAGUGUCAAAGACGAAACAAAGGUAGUUACAUCAAAGCCCGUUUCCGUAGCGGAGAGCGUCAAAGAUGAAAAGUCCGCUGUUCCUUCUGCAGAGCCCUCACGUCGAGAGUCCAUGGUAGAAAGUAUUAAAGAUGAAAAGUCACCAGCCGCAUCCAAACCCGCUUCGGUAGCUGAGAGCGUAAAAGAUGAAAAGUCCGCUGCUCCUUCUGCAGAGCCCUCACGACGAGAAUCCAUGGCUGAAAGUAUUAAAGAUGAAAAGUCACCAGUCGCAUCCAAACCCGCUUCGGUAGCAGAGAGCGUAAAAGAUGAAAAGUCUGCUGCUCCUUCUGCAGAGCCCUCACUUCCUGAAUCUGUGGCCGAAAGUAUUAAAGAUGAAAAGUCACCAGCCUCAUCCAAACCCGCUUCGGUAGCAGAGAGCGUAAAAGAUGAAAAGUCCGCUGCUCCUUCUGCAGAGCCCUCACGACGAGAAUCCAUGGCAGAAAGUAUUAAAGAUGAAAAGUCACCAGCCGCAUCCAAACCCGCUUCGGUAGCAGAGAGUGUCAAAGAUGAAAAAUCUGCUGCUCCUUCUGCAGAGCCCUCACUUCCUGAAUCUGUGGCCGAAAGUAUUAGAGAUGAAAAGUCACCAGCCGCGUCCAAACCCGCUUCGGUAGCAGAGAGCGUAAAAGAUGAAAAGUCCGCUGCUCCUUCUGCAGAGCCCUCGCGACGAGAAUCCAUGGCAGAAAGUAUUAAAGAUGAAAAGUCACCAGUCGCAUCCAAACCCGCUUCGGUAGCAGAGAGCGUAAAAGAUGAAAAGUCCGCUGCUCCUUCUGCAGAGCCCUCACUUCCUGAAUCUGUGGCCGAAAGUAUUAAAGAUGAAAAGUCACCAGCCGCAUCCAAACCCGCUUCGGUAGCAGAGAGCGUAAAAGAUGAAAAGUCCGCUGCUCCUUCUGCAGAGCCCUCACUUCCUGAAUCUGUGGCCGAAAGUAUUAGAGAUGAAAAGUCACCAGCCGCGUCCAAACCCGCUUCGGUAGCAGAGAGCGUAAAAGAUGAAAAGUCCGCUGCUCCUUCUGCAGAGCCCUCGCGACGAGAAUCCAUGGCAGAAAGUAUUAAAGAUGAAAAGUCACCAGUCGCAUCCAAACCCGCUUCGGUAGCUGAGAGCGUAAAAGAUGAAAAGUCUGCUGCUCCUUCUGCAGAGCCCUCACUUCCUGAAUCUGUGGCCGAAAGUAUUAGAGAUGAAAAGUCACCAGCCGCAUCCAAGCCCGCUUCGGUAGCAGAGAGCGUAAAAGAUGAAAAGUCUGCUGCUCCUUCUGCAGAGCCCUCGCGACGAGAAUCCAUGGCAGAAAGUAUUAAAGAUGAAAAGUCACCAGUCGCAUCCAAACCCGCUUCGGUAGCAGAGAGCGUAAAAGAUGAAAAGUCUGCUGCUCCUUCUGCAGAGCCCUCACUUCCUGAAUCUGUGGCUGAAAGUAUCAAAGAUGAAAAGUCACCAGUCGCAUCCAAACCCGCUUCGGUAGCUGAGAGUGUCACAGAUGAAAAAUCUCCUGCUCCUUCUGCAGAGCCCUCACGUCGAGAGUCCAUAGCAGAAAGUAUUAAAGAUGAAAAGUCACCAGCCGCCUCCAAACCCGCUUCGGUAGCAGAGAGUGUCAAAGAUGAAAAAUCUGCUGCUCCUUCCGCAGAACACUCACGUCCAGAGUCUGCGGCUGAGAGUAUUAAAGAUGAAAAGUCACCAGUGGCAUCAAAGGCCGCUUCCGUAGCAGAGAGCGUAAAAGAUGAAAAGUCUGCUGCUCCUUCUGCAGAGCCCUCACUUCCUGAAUCUGUGGCCGAAAGUAUUAGAGAUGAAAAGUCACCAGUCGCAUCCAAACCCGCUUCGGUAGCUGAGAGCGUAAAAGAUGAAAAAUCUGCUGCUCCUUCCGCAGAACACUCACGUCCAGAGUCUGCGGCUGAGAGUAUUAAAGAUGAAAAAUCACCAGUGGCAUCAAAGGCCGCUUCCGUAGCAGAGAGCGUAAAAGAUGAAAAGUCUGCUGCUCCUUCUGCAGAGCCCUCACUUCCUGAAUCUGUGGCCGAAAGUAUUAAAGAUGAAAAGUCACCAGUCGCAUCCAAACCCGCUUCGUUAGCAGAGAGUGUCAAAGAUGAAAAAUCCGCUGCUCCUUCUGUAGAGCCCACACCUCCUGAAUCCGCCGCUGAGAGUAUAAAAGAUGAAAAGUCACCACUCGCAUCCAAGGCCGUAUCGGUAGCAGAGAGUGUCAAAGAUGAAAAAUCUGCUGCACCAUCAGCAGAGCUCUCACGUCCGGAUUCUAUAGCUGCAAGUAUCAAAGAUGAUAAGUCACCACUUGCUUCAAAGCCUGAGUCAGCUGCCGAGAGUAUAAAAGAUGAAAAAUCUCAUACAGUUUCUAAAGAAAUUUCUAGAUCUGAUUCACCAACAGCUCUGGGAACCAAGGAGGAAAUUGAUACUGUUUCUUCACCCGUGGAGCGAGCACCAAUAAAAAUUGAAGAUUUGCAAUUGGCAUUAGACUUGGAAAGUGCUAAGUUAGAUGCCAAACUACCAACGAAAUCCAGCCCUGUAGAUGUUGCGGACGGGCAUUUCCCCGAUGCCGCAAUUGAACCCAGCAAAAAAAGUGAUCUAACAAGUGCACCAGCAGAAAGUGCUGUUUCAAGUGUUGCAGAUACAGUUUCAAGUCCCAUAGACGAAGCUAAGGAUAUAGUUGAUGUCAGCGAUGUUAGACAAGCAGAUACAACAGUGUUUGCUGAAACUCUCGAUGCCCUCGCUAAAGAGUUGGAAGAGGCAGCUGAAAAAGUUGGCGACGACGCUAAAAUUGAAAAAGAUGAAAAAUCCGCUGCUCCUUCUGUAGAGCCCACACCUCUUGAAUCCGCCGCAGAGAGCAUUCAAGAUGAAAAAUCACCAGUCGCAUCCAAACCCGUAUCGGUGGCAGAGAGUGUCAAAGAUGUAAAAUCUGCUGCACCAUCUGCAGAACCCUCACGUCCAGAGUCUGUGGCUUCAAGUAUCAAAGAUGACAAGUCACCACUUGCUGAUAUCAGCGAUGUUAGACAAGCAGUUACUACAGUCUUUGCUGAAACUCUUGAUGCGGAAACCAUUAAGAUGAUUGAUAAAAUAACAGAAGAAGUUGAAAGCAAGUUAAAGGUGGCAGUCGAAGAAACAAUUGAGAUCACAGAAGAAGUUACUAAAGUCGCAGAUGAAUCUACUAAGAUAAGUGAAGUGCUAAAAGAGGCAAUGGCUGAUGAAGUUAAGACGGUAGCCGAGGAAUCUGUUAAAAGAACUGAAGCUAUAAGCGAGGUUGUUGAAGAUGGAGCUGUGACCACAAUCGAAGAGAUCAACAAAACCACAAAAAUCGCUAAAGAGACAAUUAAAGAUGAAGCCAAAAAAGUGGAAGAAAAAACCAAGGAUAUAGUUGAGGAAAUCUCCAAGACAGUCAGCGACAUAAAAGAAGAUGUAACAACAUCAAUCUCCGGGACCGUAGAUAUGGCCGCCAAAAGAACUGAAGAAAGCUCAAAAGCAAUAACUGAAGAAAUUGAUGACAAACUGGAACUUUUAGCAGAAAAGGUGGAAAUAACGGCGCAAGGAGCAGUUGAAAAAUUAGAUGAAACAACAAAGACUAUUGGCGAAGCAUUCCAUAAAACUGGAGAAAAACUUGAAGAUUUGACCAAACUUACAGAAGAAAAAAGUAAAACUGUAGUGGAAGAUGUAACACAUACGUUUAUUGAAGUGUCUCAAGCUGUCGAAGACAAGACAAAAACUAUAACUGAAGAAGUCUCCAAAAAAGCUGAAGAAGUGGAGACGGCGGCUGAGGAGAAAACGAAAACUCUUGCUACAGAGGCCGGCGAGAUAGCUGAAGAAAUCUCCAAAAAGUUUACUGACGCUCAAGACCUCGCUACAGAAGAAGUUACCACAGCUGUUAGUACCACGGUUGAGACAAUUACAACUGAUGUUUCCACAGGCAUUACUGGAUUCCUCAAAGAUGUCAAGAGCAGCAUAUUCAGCACUGCAGAGAAAAAACAUGAGCAGUUGAAGGAAAUCACAGAAGAAAUAAUCAAACCUGAACAAAUCCAACUCGACUCUUUGCCAGUUGCUACAAAACUACCCCUUGAGCUGAGCACAUACUCAACUGAAUUAAGAGAAACCCAUAUUACUACUGUGGAAUCGCCCGAAUUUAAAGUGACAAUGACCGAACGCGAUGAAACCAUACUUCACGACAUUAAGGAAGAGGACGAAGAGCACAGAAUAUCCCCACCCACAACAAAACCGGCAAUAUGCAGUGAACAGCCCUUACGUCCAGUUUCACCACGUGAAGAAGAGGUUGCUAAAAUAGUAGCCGACGUUGCUAAGGUUUUGAAAUCUGAAAAAGAUAUAACUGAAAUAAUUCCAGAUUUCGAUGAAGAAAAGUUGAUACAGCGUUUGAAAACACCAGAAGAAACCGAGCCAGAAACCAUUACGGUUCAAAGGAUGUUAGUAACCGCCAGCAGUGAAGAUGGUGGAGAAGAAAUAGAUAUAUGUCCAAAAGGUAGUAUUGUUUUUACGCCGACAAUGGCUCCCGAAACUAUACCAGAAAGAGUUUCUACAAUUAAACCACUAGACAUAGAUUACCAACACUACACUGAGGACUCUGGCGCAGAGGAAUCGGAAAAGUCUUCUCCUGAGCUACGUUCGGGUCCGAUAUCUAUUGAAGAAAAAGACAAAAUUGAAGAGUCCGAAAAAGAGCUUCGUAAAGAAGCCGCAACUAAAGUUGAAAAAGUCGAACAGAAUAAAGAUACUACCGAAUCUCAGCGAGAGUCAAUUAUGUCGACUACAGAAAGCAAGAAAGAUGAUAAGUUACCAAUAGCUUCCAAGCAACCAUCACGACCAGAAUCUAUCGUCAGUACUAAGGACGAGUAUAUUGAAGAAACUGUUGAAUCUCGUCGUGAGUCAGUUUUGUCGACGCAGGAAAGCAAGAAAGAUGAUAAGUCACCUGUGGCUUCCAAGGAACCAUCACGACCAGAAUCAGUUUCUAGCACUAAAGACGAAAAGAUUGAAGAAACUGUUGAAUCCCGCCGGGAGUCAAUUUUGUCGACUACAGAAAGCAAGAAGGAAGAAACGGUCGAAUCUCGUCGUGAGUCAGUUUUGUCGACUGCAGAAAGCAAGAAAGAUGAUAAGUCACCUGUGGCUUCCAAGGAACCCUCACGACCAGAAUCUGUCGUCAGUACUAAGGAGGAGCAAAUUGAAGAAACUGUUGAAUCUCGUCGUGAAUCAGUUUUGUCAACUGCCGAAAGUAAAAAAGAUGAUAAGUCACCUGUGGCUUCCAAAGAACCAUCACGACCAGAAUCUGUCGUCAGUACUAAGGACGAGAAAAAGGAAGAAACUGUUGAAUCUCGUCGUGAGUCAGUUUUGUCGACUGCAGAAAGCAAGAAAGAUGAUAAGUCACCUGUGGCUUCCAAGGAACCCUCACGACCAGAAUCUGUCGUCAGUACUAAGGAGGAGCAAAUUGAAGAAACUGUUGAAUCUCGUCGUGAAUCAGUUUUGUCGACUGCAGAAAGCAAGAAAGAUGAUAAGUCACCUGUGGCUUCCAGAGAACAAUCACGACCAGAAUCUGUCGUCAGCACUAAAGACGAGAAAAUUGAAGAAACUGUUGAAUCUCGUCGUGAGUCAGUUUUGUCGACUGCAGAAAGCAAGAAAGAUGAUAAGUCACCUGUGGCUUCCAAGGAACCAUCACGACCAGAAUCAGUUUCUAGCACUAAAGACGAAAAGAUUGAAGAAACUGUUGAAUCUCGUCGUGAGUCAGUUUUGUCGACUGCCGAAAGCAAGAAGGAAGAAACGGUCGAAUCUCGUCGUGAGUCACUUUUGUCAACUGCAGAAAUCAAGAAAGAUGAUAAGUCACCUGUAGCUUCGAAGGAACCAUCACGGCCAGAAUCAGUCUCUAGCACUAAAGACGAAAAGAUUGAAGAAACUGUUGAAUCUCGUCGUGAGUCAGUUUUGUCGACUGCAGAAAGCAAGAAAGAUGAUAAGUCACCUGUGGCUUCCAAGGAACCAUCACGACCAGAAUCUGUCGUCAGUACUAAAGACGAGAAAAUUGAAGAAACUGUUGAAUCUCGUCGUGAGUCAAAAAAAGAUGAUAAGUCACCUGUAGCUUCCAAGGAACCAUCACGACCAGAGUCUGUUUCUAGCACUAAAGACGAGAAAAUUGAAGAAACUGCUGAAUCUCGUCGUGAGUCAGUUUUGUCGACUGCAGAAAGCAAAAAAGAUGAUAAGUCACCUGUGGCUUCCAAGGAACCAUCACGACCAGAAUCAGUUUCUAGCACUAAAGACGAGAAAAUUGAAGAAACUGUUGAAUCUCGUCGUGACAAGAAAGAUGAUAAGUCGCCUGUGACUUCCAAGGAACCAUCACGACCAGAAUCAGUCUCUAGCACUAAAGACGAAAAGAUUGAAGAAACUGUUGAAUCUCGUCGUGAGUCAGUUUUGUCAACUGCCGAAAGUAAAAAAGAUGAUAAGUCGCCUGUGGCUUCCAAGGAACCAUCACGACCAGAAUCUGUCGUCAGCACUAAAGACGAGAAAAUUGAAGAAACUGUUGAAUCUCGUCGUGAGUCAGUUUUGUCGACUGCAGAAAGCAAGAAGGAAGAAACGGUCGAAUCUCGUCGUGAGUCACUUUUAUCAACUGCAGAAAUCAAGAAAGAUGAUAAGUCUCCAGUAGCUUCCAAAGAACCAUCACGACCAGAGUCUGUUUCUAGCACUAAAGACGAGAAGAUUGAAGAAACUGUUGAAUCUCGUCGUGAAUCAGUUUUGUCAACUGUCGAAAGUAAAAAAGAUGAUAAGUCACCUGUGGCUUCCAAAGAACCAUCACGACCAGAAUCCGUCGUCAGUACUAAGGACGAGAAGAUUGAAGAAACUGUUGAAUCUCGUCGUGAGUCAGUUUUGUCGACAACCGAAAGUAAGAAGGAAGAAACUGUUGAAUCUCGUCGUGAGUCACUUUUGUCAACUACAGAAAUUAAGAAAGAUGAUAAGUCUCCAGUAGCUUCCAAGGAACCAUCACGACCAGAGUCUGUUUCUAGCACUAAAGACGAGAAGAUUGAAGAAACUGUUGAAUCUCGUCGUGAUUCAGUUUUGUCGACUGCAGAAAGCAAAAAAGAUGAUAAGUCACCUGUAGCUUCCAAGGAACCAUCACGACCAGAAUCAGUUUCUAGCACUAAAGACGAAAAGAUUGAAGAAACUGUUGAAUCUCGUCGUGAGUCACUUUUGUCAACUACAGAAAUCAAGAAAGAUGAUAAGUCUCCAGUAGCUUCCAAGGAACCAUCACGACCAGAGUCUGUUUCUAGCACUAAAGACGAGAAAAUUGAAGAAACUGCUGAAUCUCGUCGUGAGUCAGUUUUAAAAGAUGAUAAGUCACCUGUAGCUUCGAAGGAACCAUCACGACCAGAGUCUGUCUCUAGCACUAAAGACGAAAAGAUUGAAGAAACUGUUGAAUCUCGUCGUGAGUCAGUUUUGUCGACUGCAGAAAGCAAGAAAGAUGAUAAGUCACCUGUGGCUUCCAAGGAACCAUCACGACCAGAAUCUGUUUCUAGCACUAAAGACGAGAAGAUUGAAGAAACUGUUGAAUCUCGUCGUGAGUCAGUUUUAUCAACUGCCGAAAGUAAGAAGGAAGAAACUGUUGAAUCUCGUCGUGAGUCACUUUUGUCAACUACAGAAAUUAAGAAAGAUGAUAAGUCUCCAGUAGCUUCCACAGAACCAUCACGACCAGAAUCUGUCGUCAGCACUAAGGACGAGAAGAUUGAAGAAACUGUUGAAUCUCGUCGUGAGUCAGUUUUGUCGACUGCAGAAAGCAAGAUAGAUGAUAAGUCGCCAGAGGCUUCUAAAGAACCAUCACGACCAGAAUCUAAAUUGAAAGAAACUGUUGAAUCUCGUCGUGAGUCACUUUUGUCAACUACAGAAAUCAAGAAAGAUGAUAAGUCUCCAGUAGCUUCCAAAGAACCAUCACGACCAGAGUCUGUUUCUAGCACUAAAGACGAGAAGAUUGAAGAAACUGUUGAAUCUCGUCGUGAAUCAGUUUUGUCAACUGCCGAAAGUAAAAAAGAUGAUAAGUCACCUGUUGCUUCCAAGGAACCAUCACGACCAGAAUCUGUCGUCAUCAGUUUAUCAACAACCGAAAGUAAGAAGGAAGAAACCGUCGAAUCUCGUCGUGAGUCAGUUUUGUCGACUGCAGAAAGCAGGAAAGAUGAUAAGUCGCCAGUGGCUUCCAAGGAGCCAUCACGACCAGAAUCUGUCGUCAGUACUAAAGACGAGAAAAUUGAAGAAACAGUUGAAUCUGGUCUUGAGUCAGUUUUAUCGACUGCAGAAAGCAAGAUAGAUGAUAAGUCAACUGUGGCUUCCAAGGAAACUUCACGACCAGAAUCUGUCGUCAGCACUAAAGACGAUAAGAUUGAAGACACUGUUGAAUCUCGUCGAGAGUCAGUUUUGUCCACUGCAGAAAGCAAGAAAGAUGAUAAGUCACCUGUGACUUCUAAGGAACAUUCAGGACAAGAAUCUGUUGCUAGCUUCAAGGAUGGGAAGAUCGGUGGCACUUGGGAAAUUGGAAGUACUUCAGUUUUGGCUUCAACUGAGGUAAAAGAAGUGAAAGCUGCUAAAGAAGAACAAUCUGUGGAAACCGCUGACGUUCACAUAAUUACGGUGGGAGAAAGGACUUCGGCAGUAUCUAAAUCAGUGGAAAGUGAAAUCAUUACUCAGAAGGAAGAAUUGAAUAAAGCUAGCCUAGCAACCACUGAAUCUAGAUCUGCACAUACGACGUUAGAGGAAAAGAAAGCUGAUUCAUUCACAACUGAAUCUAGAUCCUCAACAACGGAAAUAUCAACUAUUGUUAGUAAGUCAAUAGAUUCAUCCAUUCGUUCACAUCUUUGUGAGGAAUCUCAUAGUGAAUCCAUGAGUAGUGUUAAAGUAGAAGAUGGUUCUCCGAGAGAGUCACUUUCCAGUUUCGUUGGAAGCAAAGAUGAUCCUAAAGUAGGUGAUGGUAAAAAACUCGAAGAAUCCUUGUUAAAGUCUGUGAAAACUGAAGUGCUCACCCAAGCGGAGGAGUCCAUAACACAUUCAGAGGAAUGUUCUUCAGAGUCCAUAAUUAGUGAAAUUCAAACCAGCGAUAUGACAACACAAAAAGUAGAUGCACACACAACGCUCAAAACUGCCACCCAAAGUGAGUCUGUGGCCCUAGACGGUAAAGAAACUCUCAAGGACACCGUGGCUGAGUUCUUAGCUACAGAGAAAAUUGUUGCAGCGAAGGAUAGCUUUGUAAGCGACACAAAAACUACAAAGUCUUCAGGUGAAACUUUAGAAAACACUAUAAAAACAACAACAACACAAUCGACUACAGAAUCUCGUAGAACAUCUGAUUUACUGGCAAGCAUGAAAGACAGUUCGCGAAGAGAAUCCGAAUACAGUCAAACAAGCGAAGGACGGCACACACACAGCGACCACGAAGACGAAGAGGAAGAUGAGUGUCUAAUUAGCAUGAAGGAGGGACGUUCUAAAUCUAUAGCUACAAUUAUGAUGACCAGCAUUUAUAAACCCUCCGAGGACGUAGACACUUUUGAAAAGCUAGAAGAAGAGGAAAGUGAAGAGCAUGCUGAAUAUCUUGAAGCAGCGGAAUCAACUGUCACCAAAUCAACAAGUAUCGCGCACAAGGCAAGUGAAAAAGUUAGUGCCGUGAGUUCCGAGGGCAAAUCAAAAAUAUCAACACAAUUGGAAACCAUAAUCUUAACACAACCCCUUGAGAGUGAUCCAAAGACUCCACCCACUGCCCCAGUGAGCCCUGGCAUAAAACAUACCACAACUGGCGCAAGUACUGUAGUAACCACUACAACAACAUUAAGUGAAACUUGCGGAAGCAGUGCAGCUUCAGUGAGUGGACCACUCUCACCAAGAGAUAUUAGCGAUGCGUCCGAAUCGUCGCCAAAACCCACUUCGCCAUUCCCGCGUGUUAGCAAAGAAGAGCUUAAAUCAGCCAGCGCCGCUGUCAGUGAAGCCAUCAGCUCUGGCACUUAUGCGACACAAGAGUACAGCGAGAGCAUGUUGCCAGACUUACAUGAGCUGCGCGGUAUAGAGAAGACAACUGCACUUAGUGGCAGCACUGAAAAAAUAAUCACAACAACUAUUACAACCGUAACCAAAGUGAUAUCUAGCGAUGGCAAGGAAAUCGUUAUGGAAGAGAAGACAGUUACCACCACAGACACCACCGAGCCAGAUGGUGAGAAGGUGACUGUAACCACCACACGUACUACCAGCGAAAGUGACAAGAGCGAUCACAUAUUGCCUAAGGAGGUGGCGUUGCUGCGCGGCGCCUACCGUUCUUCCACACCCGGCAGCGACGACGAACGUUUGACUGGCGCUUACAUGAGUGAUGAUGAGCUGCCAGCAUCGCCACGCAGCCUUGCGUCAUCACAUGGCGCAAGCUAUGAAUUGCAACGAUCCAGCUCUGGCGUGAGUAAACGCUCCGACUUCGAUGUGGACGACAGCCAAGACGAUAUACCGCCACAAUAUGGCAGCGAAGAACACUCUGCCGCCCGCGCUGUAUCUUCAACCAUCAGCUGCCUACAAAAAAUCGCCGAUCCAAUGAGCACCUCUUUCUAUGGCGCAUUGCCUGACAGUUUCGACACCAAGCCAACAGCACCAAUACCCAUAUGCGGCACCACAACGCAUACCGUAACCACGCGCACAUAUGUUGCCGACUCGCCCCCUAGUCAAUCUACGGAGAGCAUCGAAAGCACUAGCCAAACCUCAGCCAGCCGUCAAGUGAUCAGCGGCGGCACACGCGCCAGCGUUGACAGUGGCGAUCACAAAUUCCUCGAAGAAGCCGACAUGGAUUUCGAAAAGGCGCUUGAAGAGCAUGUACAAGUACGUGGCGCCGAUGUUAUGUCUUCAGUCACCGCCAAGUAUUCUUAUUCGCCCUCCAAAGCGGAAGAGGUAGAGCAUAGUGUGGCCAGCGUUGAAAAGCCAAAAUUCCCGUUGGUUGAUGUGCAGAAAACACGCUUCACCGAGACCGGUACCACUGUAUCCAGCAGCAGUAGCACAAUCGAAAGCGCAACUGAAAGCAAAGAUGGCAAGACAACAAUUACUACGACCACAACAACCACUACUAGUGCUGAAGGCGCAGACACAACUGCCAGUGAGACCACAACAACCACCACCACGACGACAUCAAGCGCUACCGGAGCACUGCCUAAAGAUCCUCUAAAGGAAUGGGGUAAACCAUUGGGACUGCCAUCGCCCGCACCACUGCCCAUUGAGGGUGAUGUGCGCACCACACCGAAGAAGGAGCGUCGCUUAGUGGCCACUAAGACACGUCUAAACAACGAAAAGAAUCUACGCAAACGUUCAGAGUCGCCCAAUAAGGCCAAGAAGCCGGCACCCGUUUAUGUGGAUCUCACAUAUGUACCACACAAUGGCAAUUCCUACUACUCACACGUCGAAUUCUUCAAGCGUGUGCGAGCGCGUUACUAUGUCUUUUCCGGCACCGAACCCAGCCGUCAAGUGUACGAUGCGCUGUUGGAGGCAAAGCAAACAUGGGAGGACAAGGACUUGGAGGUCACCAUAAUACCCACAUACGAUACGGAUGUGCUAGGCUAUUGGGUUGCUGAGAAUGAGGAGCUUUUGGCCAAAUAUCGUAUCGAUUUAUCGCCUUCAGCAUCGCGUUGCACAAUCAACUUGCAGGAUCACGAGACAUCAUGCGCCGCCUAUCGCUUGGAAUUCUAGGCCACGGGGAUGUUUAUCUCGUUCGCCGAUGCCGAAAAUCUCAUACAACUCUACAACUAAAAGCUUAACUCUACUACUAAAUACUUUAAGUACUAAAACAUAAGAUCAAACUAAAGAAUACAAUUAAAAAUUCAAAGAAAUUAAAAUGGCAAUGAAGCUUUUGACCAAACAUCAAUCGUGAAGCUUUUUAUGAAAACAAGACAAAACUUGCAACAAACGAACAAGUAAAUAAUAGCAACACAUGAAAGAUUUCGUGGCUGGAGCUUGCACGUAAGCGUGUUAAGUGUGCGCACUUAAACAACCGCUGCAAAGUGCGACAGCCAACGAGAGCUUUCACGCUUCAAAAGCCCACAACUCAGCGUCGCAACACAAGCGCAAAUACAAAAGCUUGACAUACCUGUUGAAGAAAACAAAACACAAAUACAUAAUAAAAAACUGAAAAUCUGUAACUGAAAAAACGGAAUGAGUGAAAGCUUGACAGAGCUUUGCGCUUAUAUAAGAACGCAGCUUUGUAGCAGCUUUUGCGCAAUUUUGGUGAAACGAGAGUUAUUAGCAUAGCAGACAUGAGCAUAAUUAUGGCGGAGUUCUUGGUGUACUACACGAGAUUUUGCAAUUGGAAAAAAUUGAGUGUAGCGCCAUUUUGUUUAUUGAUGCCGCUCAUUUUUAUGCGAAGUCGUAAAAGGCAAUACAGCGGAAAAGCGGCACUUGUAAUAUUAAACAGUGCAAAAGAAUUGUAAUUCAAGCAAAAAGGUAAUUACAGUAAUUAAAUACAUAUUUGUUGAAGAUAUUUAAUUACACAAAAGAGAUAUACGUAUGUAUUGCCCGAUUUAUGUAAAGCUGUAAAUGACUCUUUAAGAAAACGAAAAACUAAAAGAAAAUAGAAGAAGUGAACGCUGAAAGCGAAGAAAUAAUAAAAAUUAAAAACAGAAUAUUAAAGCAUAAUAAAAAGCGAUUAAAAUAACAACUUUGUGAGCAGAGCAAACGAUGAGAGAAUUGAUGAGAGUAGAUUGCUGAGAAGAAAAGUCAAAAGAAACAUAAAAAGCUUUGAAAUAAUUAGAAAGGAAUUAAAAUUGAAAAUUAAAUAAAUAAAUAUGAAAAUAUAUAUCUAUAGAUUAAUUGAGUAAAAAAAGAAACGAAAGAGAUAUCAAUAAAAUAACUGAUUACAAUAUAAAAAGAGUAUGAAAAAUAGGUAAAAACAUAAAUAAAAAAUAAUAGUUUGAAAAAACUCACAGAAAAAACUACAAAAAGUAAUUAAAAAAUAAAUUUAAAUAAAAGGAAUAAAAGUAUAAUAAAAUAGAGAAAAAUAAAUAAGAUUUAAUAAAAUAAUUAAAU